CUUGUAGGGGGAGGGGAGGGAGGGGACACGAAAUUUGAACUCUGAACCCUGGUCAGGCAGGGGCCAGGAUGCUAAGACCCUCCAACUCUGCUUAGGGCCCCUCUAGGGCUGAAGUUUUUCCUGGGCCUGUGGGAGCUGGGCGGGGCCUCCUCUCAGGCCGGCUCUAGUUUCCGUGGAAACCCACAGGCUUCCCACCCCAGCUGCCUGGGCAGGCUCCCAGCUGGGGCCUCAUCCGCAGCCAGCCUCUCCUCCCCAGUCCAGUCUGCUCCACCUCGGCCUCUCUUGGUCACCUCCCUGAGUCCUCAAGCCUCUGGCCUCUUCCACUGGCCUCUGAUGCCUUCUGGGCCUCUCCUGCCUCAUUCCUAAACUUUAGCUUCUCAGCAAACAGGCCUCUGGAUCUCUUGCCCCUCCCUCUCAGGCCUUUCUAGCUCUUCACCAGCUCUAGGGCUCAGCCAGGCCUCCUGCUCCUUCUAUGUACUGUCUGUCCCACACAUAACAAGCCUCCUAGGCUGUUCCUCCUGCUUAGUCCCCUGCCCCACCCAUGGAGACCCCAGGACUGGUUGUGUAUGGGGAGGCUGCGCCUUUCUCCACAGCACUCCGGAGCCUCGUCAACAACCCCUUAUACAGUGAUGUUCGCUUUGUGGUCGGUCAAGAACGGCAGGAGGUGUUUGCCCACCGGUGCUUGCUGGCGUGUAGAUGCAACUUCUUCCAGCGACUUCUGAGCUCAGAGCCAGGCCCUGGAGUGCCUAGCCCUGUGGUGCUGAGUACCGUGCCAGCUGAGGCUUUCCUGGCAGUGCUGGAGUUUCUGUAUACCAACAGUGCCAAGCUGCAACGCCACUCUGUGCUCGAGGUGUUGACGGCGGCUGUGGAGUAUGGGCUGGAGGAACUUCGAGAGCUGUGCCUGGAGUUUGUGGGGAAGGCACUGGACGUGGAGCUGGUUUGCGAGGCCCUGCAGGUUGCUGUAACCUUUGGCCUGGAACAGCUGCAGGAGCGUUGUUUAGCUUUCAUUGAGGCCCACAGCCAGGAGACCCUCCGGACCCGUGGUUUCCUGGAGCUGUCCGCGCCCGCGUUGCUGCCCCUGCUGCGUAGCGACAAGCUUUGUGUGGACGAGGCCGAGCUGGUCCUGGCGGCCCGGAGUUGGGCGCGCGUGGGCGCGGCGGUGCUAGAGCGGCCUGUGGCCGAGGUGGCGGCCCCGGUGGUGCGGGAGCUGAGACUGGCCUUGCUGGCUCCGGCAGAGCUGAGCGCCCUGGAAGAACAGAACCGGCGGGAGCCGCUCAUCCCGGUGGAACAGAUCGUGGAGGCGUGGAAGUGUCACGCUCUGCGGAGAGGAGAUGCGGCCCGGGGCACCCCGUGCCGCCGCCGGAGGGGCACCCUGCCCCGGGAGCAUCAUCGCUUUUUGGAUCUGCCCUUUAAGUGACCAGUGCCGUGACUUGCGAAGCAUUAUGCGCCUCUAUUAAACUGCAGUUCCCAACAAGCUCCGCGCUCAAAGCGGGCUUCCGCUCCCAGAAUGCCGGGCGAGUGGGGGCGGGAAGGACCAAUGUGUGCCAAACGCAGGCGCUAUGGGUGAGGUUCCGGCGGUGGGCGGGCCUGAACGCCGCGGUCUUCCGCUGAGCCUUGGCCUUCAACCCUGCGCAAAGCGCGAAAGCAGUUUGUUUGCCCGCGUGCUCUGCCUCUACAGCCUGAGUCUGAGCACUAUCGCCCGCCUCCUUUACUCUUGUAAUUCUCACAUAUCUUUUCAACUCAGCCCCGUCUUUAACUCCAGACCUGGCUCCUGGCAAUCUCUCUCCACAUGUCCCACAGUUACAAAAUUGCGCUCGCCCCUCAUCUUUCCCCAGUUCUGCCCCCAUCAUAUUUCUCAUCUCCAUGGGUCCAAAGCCAGAAACCUAGAUGUCAUCCUUGCUUUAUUCUUCUUCUUCACAUUUGCCUCCCAUGGCUUCUAUUUCUUAAGAGACUGAAAGCAGAAUAUGCCGCCCCAAAACAUGCUGUUUUGGCAUAGGGUUGUUUUAAGCUGAUUAUUUUGAGAAAAAGGAGACGUUUUGAAAACAGAAAAGUUACCCUUUUGUAAGGGAAAUUUUUAUAAACUAAAUCUACAUUGGUAAGGGUGUCUCCCUCUUUGAACAGAAGGAUGACUAAUUUACAGGAGACUUCCUGUGAAAUCACUAAGAUCUGCUUAAUAAACCUUGCUUUCGGUGCUUUUUCCUGACGGCCUUCCCACAUCUGGCCUCCCCACACUUUUUUUUCUUUUGUCAUUAGCUGAAGGAAGUAUUUAAGCAGGUAUUUUCGGCCACCUCUGGGAGUUACUGAUUUUUCCCUGGGUAUCUUCCAUGUAUAUGUGAGAUAUACAUGUUAAUAAACUUACAUUUUUCCCCCUCUGGUUAA